ACAGACAGAAAAGUAGAAAAUACAAAGAUGAGAAAACUAUAGAUCUCCUCAACUCUGUCCCAUCAUUGAGGACCAAUUUCUGCCCCCUGGAAAGAGACAGGUUCUCUAUCCUAUGAAAAAAAGAAACAUUUCUUGUGAAGAUGCUGGCAGUAUUCAUAUUCAACUCCUGACGUGACUUGGAAAGGAGAUAAAAGUUCUCCAAAACGUACUCCUUGUCAGCUGUAGCAUUGAGAUUCAACUUGGGGUUACCAAGUCAAAACAAAGAUUAGCUACUACCUAGUUAGCAGGCGGUUUGGCGUUGUUGCUUUUUUUGAUGAUGGUGUGUUUGUCUUAAAAAGAUGCAGGACUUCUAAAGUAACAAGACCGGUUAAAAGAUUUUGGACUCUGAAAUGUCCAUAUAUCCAUUCUUAUUGCUCUCUGUAUGCAGAUGACGUUUUGGUUAGUCCUUUCUGUGUAAAGUUGGCAAAAUUGGGGUUUAACUUUGCAGCACUGUCAUUUAGAACGCCGCUUGAUGACAAGGUAGCAAUUCACACGGGGCAGGCAUAAAAAUAGCUUUUUUUAAUAUCAAGGUUCUUAGAAAAUGCGAACAGUACUCUUUCGAGUGCAUUCAUGCGCAGAACUGCUCAUUAAUGAUGGACUGGGGCUGAUGUAGGAAAACAUUUAGAGCUGACAACCUCGUCUUGCCAUCAUAGCGAGGAGGCGCAGAACCAAAAACGACACUGAAAAAUUGCACAUUUGGGAAGGAAUCAUUAUUCUUGAUCAAUAAAAAUAGGCUUCGCAACUUUUACUGCCAUCCCCAAGCCUAUUUCUCCUAGAGAAAUAAUUUGCCUAGUCAGGAACAUGAGGAUUUACCGCGCUCCAUACAUGUGCGCUGGCAUUACCCGUUUGGUGUCAUUCUGUUAUUCCUUUAAAGUUUGCACAGAGCCGGCUUUUUCAGACGACGCGUUUAUACCCUCUAAGAAUGAACAAAUAUCAAAUCAAACGCAACAUAUUUUUAUCUGAUUUGCUCCUCCAAAGCAGCUCUUUGAGGAGCUUAUAAUUGCCAUGUGCUCCGCUGAAGGCAGGCACAUAGAUCAGACAACUCACAAAAGCUUCUGCAAGUGUGUGUGUGUGUGCGUACUACAGUGAGACAAACUGCCAAACAGCCAGCAGGAGCAAGUGAGGCAGAGGAUGAUUUCAAAGGUGGGAACAGUGUGCCGAACCUGCAUGUGGCCAUUCAUCUCCUCGCUGCAGAGCAGGCGGGUACGGAGGGGUAUGACGGCCCGUGCAAGGUCAAUAUUUUACUUUGGCUAGCGCCGGCUCAAUUUAAUUACAGGCGGAGCGCCACUGAAAGAGCACGCAGAGAUCAACAGAUGCUGCAAAACUCAAGCCCCUAUGGUUCUACAAGCAGCACAAUUUGUAUCGUGUAGGAGGCCGCUGGCACGGUGGGUCCCGACUCGCAGCAACGCAGGGCUGCGCUUUUUGAACGGGGAGGUGAGCGGCUUAUUUUGGUUGAAAAUGCAUCGCCUGCGAAUUGUUUUCCUGAUGCAAAAGUACAACAACGUCUUGAAACAUAGUUAAACUUUCAAUUUUUUUCACAUCACAGCCAAUUACUUCUGAGUAUUUUAUUAUGAUUUUAUGCGCUACACUGUAAAGUGAAAGGGAAAUUAUAAAGGUUUUUUUUUCUUUGCAAAUCAUUGAAAAGUAUGAAGUGAAUAUGUAUAAUAGUACAUGUUGAAUAUGAGCCAACACUUUGUGAUGCAACUUCUCCCCACAUCACCAUGCUGCCACUAUCUAGAGACCUUUGGUUUCCUAUUCUUCUUUGCCAAAUAGGUGUCACCAUGGGAAUGGUGCUUUCAGGGUGAUGUGCAGUGUUGGUUUCACCACACCAUCUUUAUCCACAUAUUAACUGUGGCCCUUGCAACCCAAAGAAAAACAUUCCCACAGCCUGAUGCUGCCACCACUAAGUUUCACACAAUAGUUUCCCAAACUAAGCCUGCUUUAAACAGUAAACUCCACCCCAUUUCCCUUGUUUUGUUUUUUUUUCACUUGGAAUAGAAAUACAUUCAUUCCUCCCACUUAAAAAAAUUACUUGAACUGUUUAAACAUGCAAUAAUAACCCAAAUAUCAACAUGUUUUUUCGGGGGGGUUGCCAAGAGCUGUUGAUUAUCUUGAGCAAAGGUAAAACAGCCUGAUUUGCUUAUAAUAAGGCUGAGAGGCAGAGAUAUAAGCAGCCUGUCAGACUGAUUGUGUCGACAAGAAUCAAGAAGGUCUAAAAUCCUCGGGAUAAGUUUCAUUUUUAUUAUAUCCAUUACAUACCAUAAGCAAAUCAAGCGGAGACAAAUAAACGCAGUUUUAUUUUCAUGUCACCGACUACAGCGGCUGUGUUCAUACGAACACCGAGCAGCGAUGUGAUUGGCUGAGCGAACCAGGAAGUCCAGCCGCGGCUCGGCAAGUCACCUGACUUUUUUUUUUUUUUCUUCCUUUCUUUCUGUUUUUUAAACGCAGGCGUAUCUGCUUUCUGAAAGCCAACAGAACAGCAACGGCGACAGAUACGGAAGAAAGAGACCAACAUGGUUGAGGCUCCAAGCGGCGCGGCGGUCGUGUGGCUGCUGGUGUUUUCCUCCCUCAUCCCCGCGGCGGAGGCGUACGACGCGGGCGACGCUCUGGCCCUGCUGCUGUGCACCGUCCUGGCCGUGGUUGGGUUCUGCGUCGGCCUCGGCUGGUACGCGCGGAGGCGGAAUGGGCCGCCGCUCUGAAGCACGGAGGACUUCAGACAGUUGUCACCUCUUUACGGCGUGCCGCGUUAAACCUCCCUGCAAUCUACGGAUGUUUUGGCGCAGGUUCUGCUCUGAAACGUGCCUUAUUGGAGCCGUAUUUCCAAACCAAAACUCGGGGUGGGGGAUCCACGUGAAACACAGGAAGGAGACAUCCAGGAAGUGCGCUGUGAUUGAGGACCGAACUCUGUUGCCUUCCAAGCACAACAAAGACUUUAUAGAUUUCUGCUUCAAAUGCCUGUUUGUCUUUCUUCUUCUUCUUCUUCUUCUUCUUUUUGUUUUAUGGCGGUUGGCAAACAACUUUCAGGUGCAUUACCGCCACCUUCUGGACUGGAGUAUGAACCAGAUGCCUAAACCCUAUAAUCUCCCUAUUAGACCUGUUUUUCUAAGAAACCUAAAUACGGAAUUAAAAACCACAUCUCCAGAAGAUUUUUGUAGCAGAUCUCUAAUAUUUAAUUUAACUUUAUUCCUAUUUAACUCUUCUACUAAUUCCUCUCUUUCUAGAUUAUAUUUAUUACAUUCCAUAAAAAUAUGUAUAACUGUUUCCAACUUUCCACAAAAAUUACAUAACCCCGUACUAUGUUUAUUUAUUAUUUUCAAAGUACUAUUUAACCCUACAUGUCCAAAUCUUAACCUAGAUAUAAUAUCUUCCUCUUGUUUAUUCCUAUUUUCCUUUCUACACUCCCCCACUUUUUUUUGAAUACUAUAAUAAAACCUUGCUUUCUUUUCACCCUCCCAUUGUUCCUGCCACUUCUUCUUGUAAUAUAUUUUACUUAUACUCUUUAUCUCAUUUUUACUAUACUUAACUUUCAAUUCAAUUUCACUUCUCUUACUCGCACUCUUUGCAAAUGUAUCUGCUAAUUCAUUUCCAACUAUUCCAAUAUGCGCCGGAAUCCAAAUAAAUUUAACAGUAGAUCUAUUUAUCCCCAUUUUAUGUAUUGAUUUAUUUAUAUCUAUCAAUAUGUCUUGUCUUGCUUCCGACUCUUGUUCCAUAAUACUUAUUAAUGCACUACUUGAAUCGGAACAAAUUAACACUUUCUUGUCACUUAAUUCUUCACUCCAUUUUAACGCCAUUGAAAUAGCCAGUAACUCUCCUGUGUAUACAUUCAAACUAUCCGUUAAUCUUUUAUUUUCCAUGAUGUUUAAAUCCGGAAUUAUAAAUGCUAUCCCUACUCUAUCAUUUACCAUUUUUGAUGCAUCUGUAUAUAUUUGUAAGUAUUCUCCAUAUUCCCUUCUUACGUAUCUUUCCACCUCUCCUUCUACUGUUUGUCUUCCUUCUUCCAACAAUGUUAAAUCAACUUUCAUUUCUUUUUGUAUCCAUGGCGGAUUACAUGAAAAAUCCACUACCGGGCUAAUUAAACAUUGAUCUAAUCCUAUUUCCUUUAUUUCUUUAUUUACUAUCCAUCCAAAACUAUUUACAUUUACAUUCUUAACACUUUCUUGGCAUGGUUGUAAUAUAUUAUUUAUAGGAUAACUUUUUUUAUGCCCUUUUACGUUUGCCCAGAACCCUACUCCUAAUUGUUUCCUUCUUAACUCCAAUGGCAUUUCCCCCAUUUCUACCUGUAGUGCUGACACUGGUGUUGUCUUCAUUGCUCCACAGCAAAUUCUUAACGCUUGAUACUGUAUUUUAUCUAUUUCUUUUAAUAAGGUACUGGAGGCAGAAUUAUAUACCACACAUCCAUAAUCUAUUACCGAUCUAAUAAGUCCAAUAUAUAAUAUCUUCAAAGUUUUCCUACCUGCUCCCCAUUCUUUACCUCUUAAACAUCUCAUGAUAUUUAAUAUUUUUUUACUUCUCUCUAUUAUUUUACUAAUAUGUAUUUUCCAUGUAAGCUUUUUAUCAAACCAUAAACCUAAAUAUUUGAAUUUAUCUACCCUUUCUACUUCUUUAUCAUACAUUUUUAAUUUUAUCUUAGUGCCUACCUUCCUAUUAGUAAAGUUAACAAAUUUAGAUUUUGAACUUGAAAUUCGAAAUCCCCAUUCUAGCGCCCAAUCUUCUACUUUACCUAACGCUUCUUGCAUUUUAUCAUUUAGAAAUGUUAUAUUUCUUCCCCGUUUCCAAAUAAGACCAUCAUCCGCAAAUAAAGUCAUUCCAAACUUACCUUCGAUUUUACUAAAAAUAUCAUUAAUCAUUAUUAUAAAUAACAUUGGACUUAUAAUACUACCUUGAGGAGUGCCAUUUUCAGUUAAACAUUUUGAACUUACUUCAUUUCCUAUUUUAACUCUUAUAUUUCUAUCAGUUAAAAAAUCUUUAAUCCAAUUAUAAAUUUUACCGCUUAGCCCUAUUUGUCUAAUUUUAAUCAGUAAACCUUCCUUCCAUAACAUGUCAUAUGCCUUCUCAAUAUCCAAGAACACUGCCAUUAAAACCUCUUUAUUCACCUGUGCUUUUCUGAUUUCAUGUUCAAGCUGUACCAUAGGAUCUGUUGUACUUCUUCCUUUCCUGAAGCCAUAUUGAUAUUUUUUUAUUUUUUCUCUCGAUUCUAAGAAGUAAAUUAAUCUAUUAUUCACCAUUCUCUCCAUUACUUUUCCGACACAAGAUGUUAACGCUAUUGGCCUGUAACUUUCAGUUAACUGAGGAUCCUUACCUGGUUUACAUAUAGGAAUAAUAAUUGAUUCUUUCCACUUAUCUGGCAAAGUUCCUUCUUCCCAUAUUUUAUUAUAUAGUUUUAGUAAAACUAAUUUACUCCUUUCAUUUAAGUUUUUAAGCAUAACAUAAUUUAUUUGGUCCUCCCCUGGUGUUGAAUUUUUUGUAUUCUUUAAUGCUUUUUUUAACUCUGUCAUUGAAAACUUCAUAUUUAUAGUAUCAUUAUCAACCAUUUCCUCAUUUAUUCUUUCAUUAUAUUUUCUCAUCGUAAAUUCUCUUCCUUCUUUCUCUUCUUUACUAAGAUUUUCAUUACUAUGCACUUUAGCUAAAACUUUUACUAAUAACUCUACCUUAUCUUUAUCUUCUAUAAUCAUAUUUCCAUUAUUUUUCAGUAUUGAGAAUUUAUAUUCCUUUGACUUUCCUGACAUUUUCUUAAUUGUAUUCCAUACUCUAUCUAAUGCUGUAGUUUUUCCUAAUGAUUCACAAUAUUUACUCCAAUAAAACUUUUUCGCAUUUCUAAUCUUCCUCCUGACUUCUGCUUGUUUCCUCUUAUAACUAAUUAAGUUUUGGAAACUAACAUCUUUUUUAAGUGUUUUAAAAGCCUUAUUCCUUGCUUUAAUUGCCAUUGUACAUUCUAUAUUCCACCAGGGGACUAUUCUUUUCUUUUUAAUCCCUUUACCUUUUGGGAUUGCUUCUUUUGCUACUUCAAUAAUACUCUUACUAACUUCUAAAUUUAAUUCGUUUAUUGAUUUAUUUAUAUCUAUAUUUAUCAAUCUAUUCUCACUCAUAUCUUCAUAUUUCCUCCAAUCAGCGUCUUUAAACCUCCAUCUUCCUUGAGUAUUUACCUGUUCUUUUUCCAUAUCUAACUCAACUUCAAUAAAUAUUGGAUAAUGAU